UCAAUGUUCGCAUUUUUAUUGUUUAUUGCAUUCACUAGUGCAACUAAUAUCAUUCUUGAUUUGGAUCAAGAAGUAAAAGAUACUAAUAUCUACGGUGUAUUUUUAAAGAACGAAGCUAGUCCUGAAAAGCUUGAAGAAGCUGAAGAAAAAGAAAAAAGUAGCUCAGCAAAACCAGAAUCAAGUUCAAAUGAAGAUAAUGAAGAUGAUGAAGAUGAAAAAGCAAGUUCAAGUGAUAACUCAGAAUCAAGCUCAAGUGAUAAACCAGAUAAUAAACCAGAAGCAAGUUCAAGUGAUAAACCAGAAGCAAGUUCAAGUGAUAAACCAGAUAAUAAACCAGAAGCAAGUUCAAGUGAUAAACCAGAUAAUAAACCAGAAGCAAGUUCAAGUGAUAAACCAGAUAAUAAACCAGAAGCAAGCUCAAGUGAUAAACCAGAUAAUAAACCAGAAGCAAGCUCAAGUGAUAAACCAGAUAAUAAACCAGAAGCAAGCUCAACUAAUAAACCAGAAGCAAGCUCAACUAAUAAACCAGAAGCAAGCUCAACUAAUAAACCAGAAGCAAGCUCAACUAAUAAACCAGAAGCAAGCUCAACUAGUAAUUCAAAUGAUAAAUCAGGAAGUAGUUCAGAUAACGAUAAUAAUAACCUUGAUGCUGCAUCAAGUCCAUUCAUUGUUUUCUGUGCUAUCAUUAUAGCUAUCAUCUUCUAAAUGAAGUUAUUUGACUUUAGUC